CUGUCUGUAGAUGCUUUGUUUGGAAGGUAAAUCUGCUUAAAUCUGCUUUGAUCUGGUAUUUAUGUGCAAGUUCUUGACCAGUGUCCGUAAGAAAGAUAUCAUUUUGCAACUUGCCCCAUCAGUAUUCCUUAAAUAUAUAUUUUUUUUGCCAUCAGUAUAGUCUUUGACACAUGAUGCACUUAGCACUGUAAUUUAAGUGAAAUCUGUAGCUUUACCAAUCUUAUACUACUUUUGGGUGGUUGGUAUCAUUGUUCCCUUGUGUGUAUUUAUCUCCACUUUCACUGUGCAUAUACUGUAUAUGUAGCUUUAAUCUGGGGAACAAUUGGAAAGAGUUAAUGGGCAAAUCAUGCAAACCAUGGUAGGUGAGGUGUCACCAAGAUUAUGUUUAUAGCUGUUCCUAUGCUACCGUCCAUAACCAUCUGUAUGUUCUUUGUGAAUUCUUCCCCCACUGAAGGAACUCUAAAGUGCCUUUUUGCAACAAAUUCUGUACUGUGUUCAAGUAUGUGUCUGUUGCUUGGACAGACAGUGUAGUUUUACCAUAUCUCCUGACGAAAAUAGCUUAAGGAGCUGAGUCUAUGGUUUAUUUUUCUCACACUCUAAGAGAGCUUUCUGUGGGAGCCAAGCAGCACUACCGUCUGUACUAUUGCUUGUUGCCUAAGGCUUAUGGUCUACCAAAUGGAGCUUUGUUGCUAUACCCAACGAAUUCUGAGUAUAGAGAUUUCCUAUUAACACUAAUGUGAUACUAUGAGUUCAGGCUGAAAGUGUAUGGAUGCAGGAGGGCAUCAGCAGGGCUGUGUGCCACUGCGGGGAGCUGAUUUGUGCAGAUUGAAGGCAGCCAGUAACUGGGGGUGCUCGGGGGGGUGUUAAUAAAGAGGGAUUCUUCCAGAAAAUGUUAACAGCAGAAACAGGACGAGAGAGAACAUUGCUGGAGGACUGUGACUGGGUAACAAUGAGUUUCCAGCCAGCACCGAACAACACGGGAUUUGCCGCUCCGGUUGGAUGCCAUUUGUGACGACGCGUUGAAAGGACAGCUCUAAAUUACCGCGGAAACGGGCAACGGGCGGCACAGAGGGCGGGCAGGGCUCGCCUCCCGCCAAUCCCCUCCCUGCAACUUCCCGCGGCGGGGCGGGACGCCUCAGCCGCUCGCGCUUCCGCUUCCGGCGGUGCUCGCGGCUGCUUUGAAUCGCAGCAGCGCGGCCGUUGGGCGCUGUGAGGUGAAGCGAGGCCUCUGGCUGCUCGUUUUAAGACGAGGAAAGCCCAUCUGUAUUCAGGGCUGUUCUUCGGUAGUUCUGUAUUCGACUGUAUGUUUAGCGGUUUAGUAAGAUGUCUUCUAAGAAAAGAACGAAGAGAAAUCGUACUGAAGAUGAAUUCAAGGAGUACAAAGGCAGUUCUCAUCCUCGCCGGAAAUUUCUUCUCCCUGAGGAUCCUGAUGUCUCAAGGAUAUCAAAGGUUGCAGGUGUAAACCAACUUGGGGAGCUUUGUGAUUCAUUUGAUCAGCCUUUGCACAGUACUGCUUUAGAUGCUUAUGGAGAGGAGCAGUCAGAAAAUGAAGCAUGUAGUCAUGUUCCAGCUCCACAAAGGACAAAUGUGGAAAGAAGUGAAAAGAUGCACUUGAAGAUGCCUGAGAGUGGUGUUCACAAGUUCAACCAGAGUGGUUCUGUACAUGAGCCCCGUAAGGAGAAUCUGAACGCUCCAAGUACUGCUCGAUCUGAGGUGAAAAAGAAGGGACCUUCAAAGAAGAGCACACCAGGUUCUUCUGUUAACAGCCCAUCCUCUGUACCACUUUGGUGUCCCAAUGAGCUGAAAAGAUCAUCCAGAGAUAUCACAGAACUGGAUGUUGUUCUGGCUGAAUUUGAAAAGAUAGCAGCAAACUAUAGACAAAGCAUAGAAUCCAAGGCGUGCAGAAAAGCUAUCAGUGCCUUCUGUUCAGCUUUUGAGGACCAAGUCACUGAUCUUAUAAUAGAAGUCCAGGAAUUAAAGAAUAUAAAGAAAAAAAAUGCUAAGGUGGUGGCAGACAUCAACAAGAAAAGGCAGCAACUGAUGCAAGUCAGAGAAAAGCUAAGUAGAACUGAACCACAACUGAUAAAACUACGAAAAGAAUAUGAUGAGGUGGAGGAGAGGAAAUCUUCCUUGAGGCAAGUAGUUCAAUUCCUUGCUGAUUUAAAGGAACUACAGCACGACUACUUGAAUUACAUAGAAGAAAACCCAAGAAAGAAAGUGGCAUACGGAACCUCCAGCCUACCUGCUCUUCUGGUGGAGUCACGGACAAUUCUACAAGCAGAAAGACACUUUCAGAAUAUUAAUAGGAAACUGGAAUAUGCCCUGGAGGUACAGAGAGGGAAGUUAUCUAAGGAACAGUAA